AUGGCGGGCACAGGAUUUGGAUUCGGCACAGGAGCAGGAAAAACCAGCGGCGUCUUCGCUCUCCUUUGGGUUUGGUACUACGGCAGCCUCUUCGGCUGCGGCACCAACAUCUCUGUUUGGCGCAACUGCAGCAUCAACACCUCUCUUCGGCGCCACUGCGGCAUCAACACCCCUCUCUUCGGCGCCACUGCGGCUGCGGCAUCAACACCCCUUUUCGGCGCUCCUGCGGUAUCAACACCUCUCUUCGGCGCCACUGCGGCUGCGACACCAACACCUCCUUUCGGCGCCACUACGGCUUCAGCGCCUACAUCUCUCUUCGGUGCCACUGCCUCUGCACCCUCGGCUCUCUUUGGUGCUGGAACUGCUUCUUCAGCUGCGGCCUCUACAUCUCUUUUUGGCACAGGAGCCUUUACUUCGGCCGCUGCUGCGCCUACGUCUCAUUCUGGUGGUGUAUCAGCCUCCUCUUCGGCUGCUGCACCUGCAUCACUUUUCGGUGCUACUUCUACUUCUGCCGCGGCGCCUACAUCUCUCUUUGGCGGUGCAACAACUACUAAUGUUUCAGCACCUACAUCUAUCUUCGGUGCUGCAGGCUCUUCUUCAGCAGCUGCGCCUACAAAUCUCUCUGGGGCUUCUUCAGGUGCAGCAUCAUCUAACCUCUUCGGAGCGUCAGCAGCAGCAUCCUCCUCUGCCGCACCGUCUUCUAUCUUUGGUGCCCCAACAACAUCGUCUCUUUUCGGUGCCCCAGCAGCAUCCUCUUCUGCUGCUGCACCAUCAUCACUCUUCGGUGUGACUAGCUCAUCAUCGUCGGGGUUUUCUUUCUCCGGGGCAGCUGCAGGGAAAGAAAAUCCUGCUGUGAAGGCUACACCAAGUUCCAAUUUGUUCGGCACCCCUUCACCAUUCUCUUUUGCAACUCCGGCAUCUUCUUCAGCUUCAACGCCUACUGCAACGUUGGGAGGCUCCUCAGCAUUAUCUUUUUCAACACCAGCACAAUCUUCUACACCGGCUAUGUCUUUCAGCACCCCGGCCACGGCAUUUUCUACACCGGCCAUGUCUUUCAACACUCCGGCAGGGAAUCCUAGUCCGGCUUUUGCUACUCCUGGCACUUCACUUUCUUUUGGAACCCCAGCGACUCAGUCUUCCUCUGCAUCUCAACCGUCAUUUGGGUUUGGCAGUGUUGCUUCGUCUUCUUCAACCACCAUUACAACUACAACUGCAACUUCUUUAUUUGGUGAAUCGAGUACAUCAGCACAGACCACUGCUUCUGCUACUGCAGCCGUUCCAUCAUUUGGGAAGUCAUCUUCGUCAGGGCCAGCUUCCACUACCAAUUCCGCUGCAUUUCCCGGUUUAGCCUUAUCGUCUUCAGAGGCAUCUAAAACAACAGCUGCACCUUCGAUAUUUGGUUCUACAUCUUCUUCGGCAUUAACUUCAUCUGCAUCAAGUGCAGCACCAGUCAGUUUUACCAUAUCUACUUCAUCCAGUUCAGCUCAAGCAUCAUCUGCUAAUGCUGCUGGGACAACUAGCAGAAGUACAACGACAACAAUAACUCCAACAGUUCGGACGCCUCAAAUGCCAUCUGAAAUAACAGGGAAAACAAUAGAGGAGGGGCUUGGCGAGUCGAGCCGAGUCGCAAGUAGUCCAACUAUGACUACAACUACAAUUCCUUUGCUUUGUGAAGCGACUGCGCUAGGACAGAUCAGUACUGCUGCUGUAACUGUACCAUCAUUUGGGAAGUCAUUUUCAUCAGGAUCAACCUCCACUACCAAUUCCGCUGCAUAUACCGGUUUUGCUUUAUCCUCUUCAGAGGCAUCAGUAACAACACCUGCAUCUUCGAUAAUUGCAAACAUUCGAGAGUGGGAGGAUGUCAUCACCCACACUUUGGCCCAGAUAGUACUAUCUUUUCCUGAUCGAGACAUAGCAAAUGGUGAUAGGCCAAUGGAAAUAGCGAGCCAGUUUGUUCACAUUUUUGAUCUUAUGUUGAGACGACAUAUGGAGCACACAUAUGGUACCAUGGUAGAGAGGGAUCAACUUUAUGAGAGAGUAUCAAAGGCAGUGGUUGUGAGAGAUGAGGCCCUAAUUGAGAGAGACCAAACUCAGUCAGAUCGUAAUAGUUUGCACAUUUAACAUGAUGAGGCUCGAGAGAGAGAGAGACAAAUGCAAAUAGAGGUCCAACAACUAUGUGCUAAGAUAGAUGCACUCAAAGUAGAGCGAGAUUGUGUGCGAGGAGAGCUUGAGGCACUUCAACAGAGACAAAUGCAAACAGAGGUCCAGCAAUUAUGUGCUAAGAUAGAUGCACUCAAAGUAGAGCGAGAUUGUGUGCGAGGAGAGCUUGAGGCACUUCAACAGAGGAUGGAUGCAUUGACAAUGGAGAACGCUAGCUUGAGAGAGGCAUUAGGGCGAGCAGAGGGGCGCCUAGAGGGGUUCAUUUUAGCGCAAAGGAGCAUGUGAUGUAGUUGGACCCACCCAAUUUUGAAGUCAUGACUAACAACCUUAUUGUAGCCUCCAAAUCCUAGACCACGUAUAAAUUUUGACCUCAUAUUUUGUCAUAGUUGUAAGAUAUGGGGUAUUGUAGUUGUAUAUACAUAAUUGAUUAUUGCAAGGACAUUCGAUUCAAUGA